AUGGAUGAGAAGCUGGAAGCUAUGCUCCAAUCCACGCUGCAUCAUAUGCAGCGAAAUCUGGAACGGGUGGCCAACGAGGUAAACCGACUUGUGGAGGAUCAGGACGCAGUUCGGGACAUCUGUGAAGCUCGUGACGAGCAGAGCAGACGAUUCACUCAGUUCAAAGCUGAAACCGUCCGAUUUGCCAGCAUGGAGAGGCAACACAAUGCCCUGAGUGAUGAGCUCUGGGGAGAUGAGCUGGGAUUGGCUAAGAUUGCCGGAGAACUGAAAAAGACGAAUGCGACCUUCGGCAAGCUCGAGGAUGCAGUAGCUGCUCUACAAGAAGGCAAGGCAGAAGCUGUCCAGCUGGAGAAGUUGCGGGCAGACGUUCCGUGGGUGGCCAAGAUGGUGCAUGAAGCGAAGACUUCGACUUCACAGAUGCGGCAGACCGUUGGUGAGGUGGUGAAUGACGUGCGAGAGCAUUUUCGCACUGCGUCCGAGACCAUCGCAUCCCACAAUGCCAACUUUGUGAAGCAAGUUCGCGAGGAGUAUCAGGUCGAGCUGUCCAACUCCGCGAAGCUUCGGGAGGAGGUGAAGAGCUUUAUGAGCAAAGCCACGCAAAGUGUGGAGAGCCUGGAGCUGCGUGUUGAUGAGGUGGCAUCCAAG